AUGACGGGUCAGACUGUGGGAGGCAUCACCCAGGACCUGUCAGUGCCCUCGCUGCUGGCUGGAGAGGGACCGGAGUCCAGGCCUCCGGGAAGGGCUGUGUCCUUCACUGAUAAGGCUAUCUCUAUCCUGACUUCCACGAGCCAGCUGGCCCAAACCCUCCUGAGUCACACCUUCGCCCUCAAACACAAAGAGAGCCUCGCCAACGCUGAAGCGAAGGCCGGUAGCAGCUGCGACGAAGACGACGGCAACAAUGCACGCCGCAAACGAGAGUUCAUCCCUGUAGAGAAGAAAGAUGAUGGCUACUGGGACAAGAGGAAAAAAAACAACGAGGCAGCCAAGCGGUCCAGGGAGAAGCGGCGAACCAACGACAUGGUGCUGGAGAGGCGAGUCAUGGGCCUGCUGGAGGAGAACGCCCGCCUGAGAGCCGAGCUGUUGGCGUUGAAGUUUCGCUUCGGCCUGGUCAAAGACUCAUCUGAUGUUUCCAUCCUGCCACUGUCUGCCCCCUUGUGUGCUCACCCAACACCAAGACCAACACAUUUCUACCAACCGCACACUCAUGGAACCCCAUACCAGGACACACCUCCUAUCACCCACCACGUCCACCCACACCCUCCACAGCAGGGUGCCAUCUAUGGCCCGAGGGGAGCCGGGCCUCUUUCAGGUCAUAGUGUAUCCGAGGAGUCCAGUAUGUCCACCUCAUGUGGCUCAAAUGUGGGCAGCCCUGUGUUUUUUGAUGACACGCUAAGUGAGCGUAGUGGACCUUCUCCCAGGGAGCCGAUGGAGGAGCAGCAGGGCUACGACUCCCACAUCUGUCCCAUGGAGGCCCACGGGAGUCGGUAUGUAAGCAGACAAGACUCACCCGAGGGUUUGAGGAGCCUCCCGCACAAGCUCCGCUUCAAAGGGCCUGCUGGUUGCAGCGAUGGAGGGGAGAUGUCUCCACCCUCUGACACCAGACACAGUGGACCACCUGUAGCCACAGUGUGGCCAAACAUCCAGGUGAGGAACCACCAGCAUCAGGCGGGAUGGGACAAUCGGACAGAGAGUCAGGCUCCUUGGUCCAGGGAGGAGGCCUGUGGUGGGCAUGGGCAGCAGUAUCAUGGUCCGUCAUCUGGACAUUAUAACUCAUCCUCUCUGCAGAACUCCAGAGACACAAAGUAUUCAACAGAGGACAUCAGUCUCAGGUCUCAGAUCAGCUGUUUGUCUCAGGAAGUGGCCCAGCUCAAGAAGCUCUUCUCUCAGCAGAUGCUCUCAAAAUCGCUUAAAGCCUGAGCACAAGGACGGGUUAAUGGACAGAUUUCUCACUAUAUUUUUACAA